ACCUGAGCCUCACUUCAGUACGUUCGACGAUUGCGAGCACCGGCCGAGUAAUUCUGAGACAAUACAGCAGCUCGUUUGAAUCAUCGUUAUAUUAACUUUCGUUACUUCGCGUAUCGACAGCAGAAUUUUUCGAGAAUCAAAUCGCUGCCGUGAUAAUUCACAUAUCUUUGAAUCAAGAUCUGUAAUCAACAGGCGGCCAUGAAGGGUGAGAGUAAGGAAAUGGAUCCUGCAGCGAGGGAUUCGAGAAGUGGCGACAUCUGGGGAGCGUUGCAGGAAGUGGUUCGAGACAAUCCGAGAUUCUGGUUGUACUUCAGUUCGGUGAUGAUCCAGGUCCGAGAAGCGGUUUUGGAACGAGCAGCCGCUGGUUCAAGCCGCGAUUUUUUUCCCGGCUAUCCAAAGUACCGAGACGCAGCGACCCAGACGGAAACGAUUUCCGUACGCGAUGUCAGCACCCAAACUGAAAUAGACGACGUGGACUGUCAAGACGAUAAGACACACGCCAUCUGUCGUAAAUUGACCGAAUUAACCGAGUCCUCGCAGUCGCCGGACGACGUGCAAAUGGCGACGCUAGAGGACGACAAAAUGGCGGCGCAAAGGGAGGAGCAAAUGGCGUCCAAGACUGAGCCUCUGUCAGAGACAAAAGGCAACGAGGCUACUGAACAGGCGUCAAUAGAGCCUGGCGAACCGGAGGCGAAAAUAAUGACGAAUUCGUUUACCGAACGGCAAAAAUCGGCGGCUCCUCGACGACGACGUUCCAGAAAUCAUCACAGGACGCGCAAUCCUUACGAUCCGUUCGACUAUCUUCGAUAUACGUAUUAUUGAGGGUUGACUUCUUGUCGAAACUAAACAUACAUCUACUGCCGCCAUAUUGGGCUGACUGGUGUCGGACCCAAUUCAUCUACUACCGCCAUAUUGGGUUGACUGGUGUCGGACCCAAUUUAUCUACU